AUGGAUGAAGAUGAGAAGGACAGGGCAAAGAGGGCAUCACGCAACAAAUCUGAAAAGAAGAGGAGAGACCAGUUCAAUGUCCUCAUUAAAGAGCUUUGCACGAUGCUGCAGGGCCACGGCCACGCUCUCAAGAUGGACAAGUCUACCAUACUGCAGAGGACCAUCGACUUCCUACAGAAACAGAAAGAAAUCACAGCACAGACAGAAGCCUCUGAGAUUAGACAAGACUGGAAGCCUUCAUUUCUUAGCAACGAGGAGUUCACCCAGUUGAUGUUAGAGGCACUAGAUGGCUUUCUCAUUGCUCUUACCACUGAUGGGAUCAUUAUUUAUGUAUCUGAUAGUGUCUCGUCUCUGCUUGGACACUUACCGUCAGAUUUGGUGGACCAAAAUAUAUUGAACUUUCUGCCUGAGCGGGAGCAGAGCGAGGUGUAUAAGCUCCUUUCUCCACACGUGCUCAUGACAGAUCCCGUUGCAGCUGAUUUUCUAAACGCGGAAAAACAAAUAGAAUUUUGCUGCCAUUUAGCCAGAGGCAGCUUAGAUCCAAAUGAACCCCUGUUGUAUGAAUAUGUGAAAUUUGUAGUGGAUUUUAAAUAUUUUACUCAUGUGCCUACACCCUCCUGUAAUGGUUUUGAGUCAGCUAUUGCACGAGCUUUCAGGACAGCCACGGAGGAGCAGAUUUGCCUCGUAGCAACUGUUCGUCUUGUCACACCGCAGUUCUUAAAGGAGCUCUGCAAUGUCGAGGAGCCAUGUGAAGAAUUUACAUCGAGGCAUAGUUUGGAAUGGAAGUUUUUAUUCUUGGACCACAGGGCUCCACCUAUUAUAGGAUAUUUACCCUUUGAGGUUCUGGGAACAUCAGGGUAUGAUUACUACCACGCGGAUGACCUGGAGCUUCUUGCUAGGUGCCAUGAACACUUGAUGCAGUUUGGAAAAGGCAAGUCCUGUUACUACCGGUUCCUGACCAAAGGGCAGCAGUGGAUAUGGCUGCAGACACACUACUACAUCACCUACCACCAGUGGAACUCCAAACCCGAGUUCAUCGUUUGCACUCACCUGGUAGUUAGUUAUGCAGAAGUUCGAGCUGAAAGAAGGCGAGAUCUUGGCCUUGAAGAGUCAUCAAUUGAACUGGCAUCCUCUUCUCUAAAGAGCCACAGCAGCUUCCUGGACGUGGGGCAGUGCGGCAGCAGCCAGGACGCCAGCAGGGAGGGGGUGUCGCUGUCGUCCCACAGCUCCCGACGCUCCUCGCACACCGCGCUCUCCGACUCCGCAUCCACGUCAUCCAUGCGACACACGGACACCAGCACACCCACACGGCCCUCGGUGCUGGGGGGACAGGCAGAGAAGGCAGCCCUGCGGCUGGCAUCAGCUGGAAGCGCUCAGGUCGUGUACCAUUUCCCGACCCAGCUGGGGAUGAUGCAUCACCUGAAGGAGCAGCUGGAGGAGAGGACUCGCAUACUGCAAGCUGACAUCAAAACGCAGCAAGAAGAGCUCCACAUCAUCAAGGAGCAGCUCCAGCUGGUGCAGGACUCGAACCUGCAGAUGCUGAUGCAGCAGCCCAUCCCCAUCGUCUUUAACAACAUGCAGCACCCGAGCCCCAGGAGGCCGCCGCCGCCGGGGAUGCCCAGGCAGACCACAGCCAAGAAGUCACAACAGCAAGGCCUUAUGGGGACGAAGCACUUCUGCAGCACUCGCCUGCCGUCACCGCGCCAAUUCCUCAGGGACCCCUGCGGCACGGCCGCGCAGACGCAUCCCAUCACCGUCACUGCACAGAUGCCGACGGACGGCAGCGAGAGGCAACCGCAGUCUGACUACAGCCAGGACAGGAGCCUCAGGAUGCUGUUGGAUCAGUCCAUCCAAGCCACGAUGCCUGCCAACGGCAGCGGCCAGUCCACGCAGAGCGGUGCCAGCAGGCAGCAGGGAAAGUUUGUUGCGGAGCAGCAGAUCUUGCCUCCCCCAGCACAGAUGCAAGCAGUCACAUGUAGCACCGUCCGACCUCCAGCCCCAUCGCCCGUUUUCUCCCCGUCUCUGAUGAUCCCACACACCAGCUUCACAUCCCACCAGGCAAACACGCCCCUUCAUCUCCACCAGUGGCCACAGCAGCAGGGUCAGCAGCACCGUCUCUACCUUCAGAUGCAAGGUCCCGAGCCGGUGCCUGGGGCUCCAACGCAGCGCAUUUUCCAGCCCCCACACACCCCACAGCAGAACCCCCUGAGCUACUUCCUCCACCCGCAGCAGCAGAGCCGCCAUGGACAGGGCCAGGCCUGCAACCUGCCCGAUCUGCCCGAGAUGCAGCUGCCCUGA